AUGAAGAGCAGUUUGUUAGCUUUGUUGCUCGUUGCUGUUGUGCUGUUUGUUGCAGUAGAGUCCCACAAAAGAUUUCGCGGACUUGGUCGUGGAUGGGGAAAAUCACGAGAAAAUCAAGGAACUCCCAGGCGAUGGAAUAAUGGAAAGCCAAUGGGACAGUGGAAUGGAAAUCGUCGGAGAUGGCACGGAGGAAAUCAAGGUGGACAUUUUCGACCACUGGGAUGGAAUCAUGGAAAACCUAUGGGACCGUAUAAUGGAAAUCGCUGGAAAUGGCAGCGAAGAAAUCAAGGAAGACCUUGCAAUCAGCGUAAGUUGAUAAACCCAAAAAAUAUAAACAGUAUAAUGAUGUAUUGUACAAGGUCAGGACAUUUUCGUUGCUCUUUGAAUGUUUUUUUGUUCUUAAUAAAUUUCGAGGAUGAACUACCAGAACUACUGUCACCGGCUUGGCUCAGAGGGGUGCAUUUUUUUGUCCUCGGAUGACCCUGCGCUCGGUAGGCACUGUUUUCUUUCGCAAUUUUGCUGUCACACGAGUGUUUAGAAAUUGAAACGAAAACAAAAUAGCAAAAAAACAAGCAAAAACAAAAACAAAAUUUGAAUUAUGCGAAUGCAACACUAUAUGAUCGCUUUUAAAAUAGAUACAUUCCACAAAGAUCCGUUUUCACUUUUCCUAAGGCAAUGGCAAUAGGAACUUUGGACAGAUCGCUUGGCCUUUUGUAUAUUCGUAGGUGUUUUGCACGUGCGGGGCGGGCGUGCCAGGGCUAGGGAGAACGAAACUGUCUCUCUUUUGUCUUCUAAAGUAUUGUACGUGAAUAAGCCGAGUGGCGCGUGAAGCACAAGACAGCUAACGCCCUCGUUUCUCUCGUCUUUUGGUCUUGUCGCAACUGCUGCUAGUGGGGCUUUGUUGGCAGUCGCGAGUGGUCAUGUUUUGAUCCAGAUCGCGUGUUUCAUUCUAACUGAUGUCACACUCCCAGUUGGUUAACCUCGUGAUCGCCCGGGCGUGAUCGUCAGUAAUGACGAUGCCAUUUCAUUCUGUAACUUUCUAUGUAAUCAGAGUGCCGGAGUUUUUUAACCUCCUGAUCGGUCGUUACGGCGUGAUCGUCAGCUGUUUAUUACGAUCCCGUCUGUUUUGAGUUCUUUCGGUGUCGUGUUGAUGUCUUGUAUUAAUUUUCUAUAUUUUCAGCAUUGAUUCUGCUUUCAGUUUUAUACUCCUCCUGUUGUUCUACCAUAGGUCACCCAGGCUUACUAGAGAAAUAGUUGUUGCGUAACAGAAAAAUUGUAUGGGGUUUGUUUGGGGAUUUUAGCGAUCGUUAUUUAGGGGUCAAAAAAAGAAAUAAAAAGACAUCAAAAUUUCUUACUUUGUCUCCUUGUUUUGAUUUUGGUGUGUUCUUAGCAUUUUUGUCCGUUUUGGGGCAGUUUCAGCGAAUUUUUUUUAGUUCUGCCGUUGUUCUCAAUGAGCGAACAAUUCGCCUAAACUUAAUUUCCGAUUCAACCCCAGAAAAUUUCACCAACAUUUGACAUAUUAAAUGAAACUGAAUAAGACUGAUGAAGUAUGAAACAGUGCGAAUUCACUUUUUUUCAGUGAGUGUUUUCGGUUUAUUGUCAUCCAGCAACCUCGCCCUAGGGACGAGGUUGGUCAUCCAGAAAUUGUGCUACCAUGGCAACGUGACGUAACGACUUCUCCUCUCUAUUGGCCAGGGGAUCAAAGCCAGUCAGAAAGGGCGAAUGUUUUUGAAUAUAGGAUAAUUAUUUUCAUUGUGUUUAUACUUAAGGAAAACGUUCAUACAUGAGAGCAGGAGUAACCCUUCUGGGGGGUGGGGGGCUCGUUCUGUGCCUCCUCACUACUGGUGACAUCUUCGUUUAAAAUGAUUCAAGACUCGCAGGACAAAGACAAAUUUCUUAUUGUUUGUUCAACUGUAUAUCCUUACCUAAUGUGUUUUUAGUUUCAGAGCGUCCCAGAAACUGUUCUAACUUCUUGAAUGGAACCUGCGUUGCUUGUGAUGAUGGAUUGGUGUUGAAAACAUUUAACUUUCCUCGAUGUAACAAAACCAUCUGCGUGCCCUGUUGGCGUCUGAAAUGGAGAAAUCCUGAUCUGUAUCGUCAACAGUGUGAACGUAACACCACAGGUAGCCCACGGACCAUCUAAUUUACGAUAGGAACCUUUAGGGCCAGUUGUUUAAACAGAGUUUAGCCCUUGUCAAAUAACAAAACCGCGUUCUAAGCCAUUUUCAAAUUGCCCCAACGCUUCUAUCUAAACACCAGUUAUCGCGAACAAUUUCAAUAAAGCAUAUAGCGUAGACUGAAAAAGCACUUAUUUUCUUAAACUAACCCACUAAGAAAGGGAUGUAGAGAUUCAAUGAUUUCUUAAACCGCGGCCUAAGUUAGACUUUGUUUAAAUAACUGGCUCUUAGAUUCUAAGACGCGCACGGCUAUUAUUUUCUCAAUACUAAUAAAGGACGCCCAAAACAAAAAACAGCACCAUUUUGGCGGGAAAACGUGAUAGCCGUCGUAAUUGUACUUCGCGUUUUCGCCAAAAUUUCGAAGUGACGGAAACAGGUUAUAAAAUGUAAGAAGAUGUAUCAUUUUGUACUUGUGAGAGGACUUAGCCUUCUUCCAUAAAAAUAACCGUGUUAACUUUUCCGGUGAAAACAAGUUAAAUGAAGCUUUAUAUUAUAGAAGGUCUAAAUUUUGUCCUCGUCCUCAAAGGUCUCUAAUAUAAGCUUUUAAGAGAACGAAUCAUGAUUCUUGUGGUCGCUUACGGGCGGUUUAAUACAACUGUUGGAACAAGUCUCGCUGAUCGUAAUGCUGGUAUUUUUUACAAGUUGUCUCCAAAGAGAGGUGGUCUUGUGUGAACACAAGUAGCCCAAGCCAACUGUCAACAAAUAAACAAAGCAUUCGAAAUCACAUUCUUACCUCACUUAAUGCUGUGAAAUUUCCUGACGCUCCCUUUACGUUUUUGCCUCACUGCAGCACGUUUCAAGUGUCCCCGUGGUUGUGUGAACUGUAGCAGUCAUGGAGUGUGUACUGAGUGUAAACCUGGACUGAAGCUGUACAGCCCACAGAACAGCAACAUCACCAAAUGUGUGUCGAACGACGCCAAGCAAAACAAGAGUGGUGAGUAUAAUAACUUGGUCUCUCUGACAACUCUGAGGUUAAACUCUAUCCAGCCAGUUCUUGAUUCUUACAGACGCUGGAAACUUGAAUCAAAUAAAUAGAUUUAUUUGACUGUCUGGCUGUGUAUUUGAACGCUAGUAACGAGGUAUUUUGCAUUAUGUUUUGUGAAUUAAGAGACUCGAGUGAAAAAUAAAAUAAGGUACACUAUUAAAUCUAUCAAGAGGCAACGUCAACAUUUGUUGAAAAAAUGAGUUCCAGCCUUCCAGGGCGUAGAAAAAAACUUGAUUUCUCAUUGUCUUGUUUUGCUAUUUAUUUUAUAGCUUGUGGAAAAAUGUGUAUGGAAUGCUCAGAAUCUGGUGUUUGCUUAAAAUGCAUUGAGCCUCUGGAACUCAUCCAGAUACCAGUGGUAAAAGGACUUUCGGAUCCCCAGUUCAAACGCACUAUUUGCGGAAAGUGGCCCAGCUUACAUAAAGGUAGGUCAGCGCUCGAUAAAAGUCUUUUUUUUCCCCAGCAAAGAAAACACAAGAGUCAGGGGGCUGAUUGUCCCAUAUCAUGUCUGCCGUUCUGAGUCUACGUGUCUCUGUAUGUGACACUUAACACGAGGCUUUUAUAAGUACGGUGAAGAAGAAUAAACGGUAGGAAUUGUUAGUGUACAUAUGGUUUGUUAUAGUCAAUGUGUCGUUACAAUUUUGGCGGAUGUCUUGUUUUGGUAUCUCAUGAUGAUUUCCGUUUAGUAGUUGUACAGACCAAGGGCGGAGCCAGAAUUUUUCUAGAGGUACGCACAAUUCGCUUUGACUGUAAUUACUGUAUUACGACUGAUCUUUUUGCAGGGAAAACUAGAAAAGGAGGAAGAAACCCCGGCGUGUUAGACGUUCCUGAGUAGAAAAAGCUGAUUUUCCUUUAACAGUGGAAAUACCUGGACCAACUCAAGAGACUUUUUUUUAUAUUGUACUGCAUAACACGUUUUGUACUAAGCAAAAAUUUAUACGAGAAUUAUAUUUUUAUUUUGCCUCGUGUCUUGUACUCUCGUAGAGCGUUACUUGUUAGUUUUCUUGUUUCGUUAAAAUGUCAUUGUUUCGCUGAAACACUAGGGCCAUAUAUACGCGAGAAAAACGAUUAAUAGUGCAUUUCCACUGUCGCGUAAUUUUGCUCACGUACGUGCGUGAAUAAAGUUUAUGAAAGGUUGCGUUUAACCGUGAAAGUUAAAACUCGCUCAACUGUAACGUUUACACGCAUUAAAUAUUCGUGUGUACGCGGCAGUGUUAAUCCAUCUUAAGAUGCGUUUUAAAUCAAAGACAUGUUCUGUACAAUAGUGUGAGCAUAUAAGGUGUGUCUAAGUAAAGUCAUGUGUUAUCUUUAGAGGUGAGAACUAUUUUUGUAACAUUUAUACUAGAAGUUCGUGUCUUUUUCUCCCCGUAUAUACGACACUUUUAUGGCACUGAAAGUUAAUGAACCACGAACUUUCACAUAAUAUAGAGGGAUGUGUUUAUCCAAGUAGUUAAUGGUAUAACGUAUCGUAAAGGGGAAGUUCAAAUCGUUGUAGAAUGCGUGAAGCGAAACUUGCAAGAAGUGCGACUUCUACAGCCACGGACUUCAAUAUAUAGUGUAUAUUGGCGUGGGUAUCUUCAUCUAAUGAACAAAUCAUUUUAAUGGAUUUGUAAUCUUUAGUUUAGUUAAAUCCUAGAUCGGAAUUUGUAACUUUGCAUUGUGAAGAAUAAAGUC